AUGCAGAAGCAAAGGAAUUUUAUAUUGGCUAUUAAGCUAGGGAAUGACAGAGUAAAUACGACCAAGGAAAUCAAACAGUUAAUGUUUAAAUACUUUGAAGAUCUCUAUACAACUUCUGCAGUGGACUUACAGCAAAAAAUGAAGUUUUGGGAUCAAUUAGAAAUCAGGAAACUUGAGGAAAAAGAUAGAGAUAUGCUAAAUGUACCAAUAUCGGAGGAAGAGGUAGCCCGGACUAUUACUCAGCUGAAAAGCAACAAGGCACCGGGACCUGAUAUGCUCCCGGCAGAAUUCUACAAAAUGCUAGGAAAUAUCCCAAGUGCAGCUGUAAAAAGCAACGCAUCACUAACAGAAUUCUUCCUGGUGUCAUUUUUUGCUACCACAAACAACCAAGCUGUAGUAUGUACUGGAGUUUUUAUCAUGUAUCUGCUGGCUGUGCUUGGUAACCUAAUGAUUAUUACAGUUGUGUGUCUGGUGUCUCAGCUUCACACACCAAUGUAUUUCUUCCUGUGCAAUCUGUCAGUUGACGACAUUGUAUACGUCUCUACGGUUUUACCCAAAGUACUGGUCACCACUGUCACUGGAAUUACCAGCAUUUCUAUCACAAGGUGUAUUGUACAGAUGUUUUUCUUUGCAUCAUGUGUUGCUGUAGAAUUUUUUUUAUUGGCGUUCAUGGCUUAUGAUCGUUAUGUGGCUAUAUGUAUUCCUCUGCAUUAUUUACUCAUCAUGAACAAAAUGGCAUGCAUUCUAUUAGCCAGUUCCUCCUGGUUCCUUGGAGCCAUUUUAUCAUUAAUUUUUACUUUGAUGGUGACUAACUUGACAUUCUGUGAUGUACAAGACAUUAACCAUUUCUUCUGUGAUCCCCAAACUGUGAUAAAGAUCUCUUGCAGUGACACAACAUACAUUAUACUGUAUACAAGUUUUGUUGGAAUACUAGUGGGAUGUUGUCCUUUUAUACUCAUUAUAACCUCCUAUAUGUACAUCAUAUCGACCAUUCUGAAGAUUCAGACCUCAGGAGGAAGAAGUAAGGUGUUUUCCAGCUGUUCCUCACAUCUCAUGGUUGUAAUUUUAUAUUAUGGGACCUCUCUAAGUAUGACCAUGAAACCAAAGUCUGAAAAUUCACAGAAACUAGAUAUAAUUCUCUCCUUACUGUACAUUGCUGUGGUUCCAGUGUUAAAUCCACUAGUCUAUAGCUUAAGAAAUAGAGAGGUUAUGAAAGCCAUGCAAAAAUACUUCACAAAACUCAUUACAUUUUAG